UGUUUAAAGGUAAUGGCUCCAUUUUGCUUGAUCGAUGCAACCUUAAUCAGCUGCAUGACAAAAGACAUUUGUGAAAAAUAAAAAUGCAAAAUGUCUUAGGUGUCACACUAAAAGCAUACAAUAAGUGAAUAGGUCAAGUUACCAACCCAGCUAAAGUACAAACAGGUUACCCCACUUUAGGUCCUACCUGCCAUUCUGGGCUUGAUGGUAGUCUGAUGAGACUGGCUACAUGGACAGUAUUUUUAAACCCACCUGAAAUCAUUCACUCUUUACAUACACAUUAAAUAAAAUGAUCUGAUGUGUCUAUAUGCCCCCAAACAUGAUUUGACUUGCUCAAAGUGGUUCUGACAACACUGAAUUCAUUCAAUAAAAAUGAGAUUACCCUUAUCAACUGAGACACAUUUCUAAUGACACCCUGUCAGUUAUGGCUUCAUUGAACUUUUUAAUCAUUCGUUUCAACUACUGGUUGUUUUGUGACUGACAGCUUUCUGUCCCUUCUGUCUACAUUGUUAGGCACCAUUUCUUUUCCUACUGAAUAGAUUAUCAAAUAUUUACACCACCACAUCAAUGACUUUGAAGUUUCCUUUUGACUGUGUCAGUCUGUUCCAGUUGAGGAGAGGAAUUGUGAUUGGAAUAUUAUUCUGAUUAAAAUAUAAAGUAAGACUUUAUUAAUGUACAAAGUAGAAAUGUUUGAUUUCUACUCAUGAAUAUUAAUUUAACUAAUAAGUAGAAUCUAUUGCUCAUGUUAAUGCAGUCACUGGUCGAACACUGUUCUCCCUGAGCAUAAAAACAUUAGGCUGCAAUAAUCCUCCUAGCCUGAAAAUCUGAUCCACUAAGAAGCAAACCUAUUUACACAUUUUGCACCAUAAAGCACUUUCUUAGAUUGUAUUUUUAGGACUGAUCACCCAAUAUACAACCCGAAACACUGAAAUAAACAGCACACGAGAAGGGCAAAAACAUCAUGCCAUUUUUCUAUUAAUUUAUCUAAAAACAUUUGCACAGUCCCGUAGACCGCUGUCUUUUAUUUUGAAACUAGGCUCUUUUGUGGUAUCCCCGUGGCUACGUCCCUUGAGUUUGACGCAGUUAGGUAGUUGGAUGAUGCUGAGGGCCGGGAGGAGUGCCUCCUCGCUCAUUCACGCUCCCUUCAUGUUAACGUGCAGCAGCGGGUCUCCCAGGAAGGACAAAUUAACCGGACACGGCCGAUGGAGACAUAUGUGUGAUGUUUAUUCACAGCUCGGAUGUUCAUUGUACUCACUGGAGAAAACUAUGACCGCUUUAAACGGCUGACGAUUCGGGAUCCCGCGACUCUUUUUUUUUUUUGUUUUAGUUUUGCAUCUAAGCCGGCCAGUCAUUUAUUUAUUUAUAAGCUGCUGCACCCACAGACUGAUUUUUUAUUUAUUUUUUUCCCUUCCUUUUCUUUAAGCCAUCCCGUUCUUCAGUAUUUUUUCCCCCUGCGGUGAGGAUGGAUACCCGGCUGUGUUUCUCCAGGUGCCGGCUGCUGUUGCUGCUCUGCACGGUCGCUGCCCGGUCCUGGAGCCCCGUGGCUGCUGCGGGGAGGAGCUGCUCUGAAACCCGGCAGGUGUACGCUGAGAAGGGGUACAGCACGGGCACCGCUCCGCUGACUCAAAUCUCCGGUGAACACCUGCGGCUCUGUCCUCAAGACUACACCUGCUGCUCCAGUCAGAUGGAGGAGACGCUUGCCCUCCAGAGUGAGAGGGACUUCCUCAAAGCCACUGAGGAGAACAGCCAGUUCCUCUUGACCACCUUUACUCACAGACACCGCAAGUUUGAUGAGUUCUUCAGAGAGCUUAUAGACCUUUCCGAGAAGUCAAUGAACCAGAUGUUUACCAAGACCUACGGCCGCCUCUUCACACAGAAUUCGCACGUCUUCCAGGAACUGUUUGUGGAGCUUCGCAGAUAUUAUUCUGGCGGCAGCGUCAGUCUGGCGGAGGUUCUCUCCGAUUUCUGGUCCAGACUGGUGGAGCGUGUCUUCUCUCUGGUGAACCCACAGUAUCAGUUCAGUGAGGACUACCUGGAGUGUGUCAGCAAACACGCCGAACAGCUGCAGCCAUUUGGGGAUGUGCCUCGCAAACUUCGUGUACAGGUAUCGAGGGCUUUCAUCGCAGCCAGGGCGCUGUCUAAGGGUCUGGCUACUGGUCGGGAUAUUGUGAAUAAAGCAACAAAGCUGACUGCAGACUCGGAGUGUGUGCGCGGGCUAAUGCGUCAGUGGUACUGCCCGCUGUGUCGAGGCAUCCCCUCCCUGCGGCCCUGCCACUCCCUGUGCCUUAAUGUGAUGAAGGGCUGCUUAGCCAACCAGGCCGACCUGGACACCGAAUGGAACCAUUUCAUUGACGCUCUGUAUCAGGUUUCCGAGAAGUUGGAGGGUCCGUUCAACAUAGAGCUCGCUGCCGACUCCAUUUCGGUCAAAGUGUCAGAGGCCAUUAUGCACAUGCAGGAAAACAGUGUCGGGAUCUCCAGCAAGGUGUUCCAAGGUUGUGGGAACCCCAGGCCGACGCCAGCCAGGUCCAAACGCUCACCCAAAGAGUCCGGGGGCAACUGGAGGCCCUUCCGCACCUACACCACCGAGGAGAAACCCACCACUGCUGCAGGCACCAACCUGGACCGACUGGUCACCGAGCUGAAGGAGCGACUGCGGCCCAUGCGGGGCUUCUGGGUGUCCCUCCCACACACCAUCUGCAACGAUGAGAAGAUGGCUGCCGACGUCACUAAUGAGGACCGCUGCUGGAACGGGCAGACCCGGGGGAGGUACCUUCCAGAUGUGACAGGAGACGGGCUGGUCAGCCAGAUCAACAACCCUGAAGUGGAGGUGGACAUUGCCCGUCCGGAUGUGAGGAUCAGACAGCUGAUCAUGGAGCUGAGAGUGGCAACCAACAAACUGAGGCACGCUCAAAGCGGACAGGACAUGGACUUUGUGGACAGCGAGGAGGGCAGUGGAUCAGGGGGUGGAGACCAGGGUGAAAGGUACAAUGAUGACGGGCCAGGGUAUGGGCCUUACUCGCCGCCCUACAGCAAACCCCCACGCAACACCGCCUCCAACCCUGCAAAGCCUCCUCGAAGCCGAGACAAAAAUGGGUCCAAGUGGAACAGAAACAACGGCCAGGGGCGAGUCCGGUCUGCAGCCAGCCUCCUCUCCUUCUCCCUGGUUCCUUUGUUGUCUUUGCCUUUUAUGCUCGCUGUUGCCUCCAUGUGGAGAUAGCUGGUUAUUGCAGUCUGGAGGUGAAUGUCUCUGUUAUGGUCUUAAGCGCAUUAUGAAGAGAACAAAGUCAUUCCAUUUGGUUACACCAGCAGAAACAAAAAUAAAACAGGCUAAUUUAGCAAUAAUCAAAAACCUGUUUACAGCACUAAAUAAAUAGGUUAACCUGAAUAAUUUUUCCUACUCCUGUAAGGAACAAAAAGACACAUUAUAACACAUUGAUAAUUGCAAAGAAAACUUAAUAAGUACUGCCAUUUUCUAGUGCCAUUUGUGAGAGGUUUGACCUGUUAGUGUUCGAUUCUGAAUGGUGUGCAGUGCUGAAAGUCUUGAGGGGGGAAAGGGAACAAAUGUUUUGUAACAUCAAGUAAAUUAGCAGCUUGUUUGGGUGAUUGAGCUGAUGGUCUGAUGGUCGGUGAGCUAGAGAUUAGUCUACAAUUAAUUUCUGUGUCGUUGCGGUGAGCAGCUGAUUUGUUCUGAAUGUGUUUGUCUGCUGAUUAAUUCAGUUCAUUCAUUUGAUUUGUUUUCAGUCUAGACGUGGUCCACUUUGUCCAUUUUUCAUGUUGUGGAAAUAGCAGUUUAAUUUUCUGACUCGGUUAGCCUUAGUAUUUUGGCUUGGAAAUUAAAAAAAAAAAAAAAAAGACAAAAACAUGACUCUGGAUACCAAACAAAGAGCUGAUUUUGAAUGUAAAAGCUCAAUACAAUUUGGGUUGGUUAUAUUAAUGUAAUAUAUUGAUAUUUUCUAAUUUAUUUGUAAUGUUAUGUAUUGUUUUUCCUAUAUUUUUUAAGGCAAAGGUCGUGUUUUAUCUUCUAAAAGAAGACUGUCUUUAUCUGUCUCUGGUUAAAAAAAGAAAGGGAAAAAGAUCAAGUUAUGUUUAACACUUAACAGGUGUAGUUUUAACCAGAGAUUCCUAAGGAGCCUCAUGUGUGGAUGUGUGUGUGUGUCUGAAUGAUGAUUUUAUAUUGUUAGUUAUAUGUUUGAAGUUACGGUUAAUGUUGAGACGGCGUUGGGACAUUUUUAAUAGUGCGCUUUUCUACUUAUUUUUCCUAAAAGCAACAAAAGAUGAUGAAAACAGUGAGUGAGCUCAAAAUGUGAUGCAACAUUGGACUGAAUGGUUACAAAAAGACAAAUGAUGUCAAGACAGUGACUCUUAAUUUUCAUUUGCUGAACGUGUUUUAAUGAAGAAGAGAUCAAGAAUAAUCAAGAAGAAGAACGAAGCUUGUGUGGAGUUGAAAGGAUCAGUGGAACAGUUUGCUUAUUUACUUCCAGAGUUUGAUGGAUUGAAUCACCUAGCAGCUGAUUAGCUUAGCUUAGCAUAAAGGCUGGAAUUAAAUGAAUUCAACUUCUCAUUUGGUCAAAAAAAAAGUGUGUGUAAGAACAGCAAUUUGCUGAUUUAUAUGAAUUUUCCAUUCUUGGCUGGCAGCUGUUUCCCUGUAACCAUUGAAAACUGCUCGUGGCCUUCAGAACAAAGCUAGGCGACAGUUAUUGUGAAGAAGGAGACUUAUUAUAAAAUUCCCACUUUACACCAAAAUGAAACUUUCAUGACCUUCUCCAUUUUUGGAUGUCGUCAAACACUUAACAGCUCUGAAAAUGUAUCUACUUUCAAAUUGUGCUGUGUUUAGUGUGUUCAUGUAAAAAAAAUCUAUGAGUAGCGCCCUCUUGUGGUAUUCAGGAGUUGUGUUUGCUGAUUUGUUUUAGAAAUGGCCCGCAUGGAUGGAAACUUAAGAGAUGAAACUUAUUGUUAUUGUAAUUUUAGAAUAUGUCUGAGGAAAAUGACAUAUUCCCUACGUCUUUGCAUAUUUACCAUGUUAACUUAUGUGACCAUUAUUUUCCAAAACUCUCAGACUUUGUGGCUCUGAGAGGCCAAUUAUGGCCAAGCACUGGUGUAUGCAAACACUGAUGUUACCACUUGAACGUCAAGCAUUUUAUGUGCACAACGUUGCAUGUUGUAACGAUAAUCUCAUGAGCUGCAUUUAAACGCAGCAUCUGAGCUUUAAGAAAAUGUCCACAUUUAAUACCACAAGAGGGCAGCAUUCAUGGGGUCUUCUGGUGAAAAUCCACCAACAAAUUUACGAUUCAGUUUUAGUGUAUUAAACAUUGCAAGUAAAUAAGAAGCAGCAUUUUUUACAAGUUAGCACUUGUAUUUUGUUGGGGCUGGUUGGUCCGGUUGUUACUUCUUAGCAGAACCAGACUAGUUGUUUCUCCAGGUCCAGAUUUUAUGCUAAGUUAAGCUAACCAGCUCGACACUCCGAAUAUCCACUUGGUUGUAACAGAAUUACACUGCUAGUUAAACGGGUGAUUGUAUCUGUACAAUACAAAGAAAUGCAAGCGAAGUGUUUCAUUUUAUUUCCAAAAAUGUUUGCUGUUUUUAUGGUACUCCUUUUAAAAAAAGUCUUGGUAAAAAAAAAGACAUGAAAUUUGAUAUCACUGAUAAGUGACUAAUGCGAUCAGUGAGAUGUCAACAUGUCAGUUAUAAAAGCCUUCAAAAGAGCAGCAACACUCUGCAGGACUCCACCACACAGUGUUCAUUUUGCGCAAACGCACAAAAAAAAAAAAAAAAAAAAAACAGUAUCACACUAUUUCAGAAGCAAUCAGCGCUCUUGAUGAUCAGCAGUCACAUUAAAGCUGGCUGCAGUGUUUCCACUGAAUUUCAGGAAAAACGUUCUGUGGUCCGACCUCUCAUCCAUUCCCACUACUCACACAUUCCUUCAUGGUGAAAGUAUAGCACAACCUUUUUCAUGUUGUUGUAACAGUUUUUUGGUAUCAAACAAGUGAUAUUUUCUGCUUCAUUAAAAAACUGAACGAAAA